UUCCUGUUUAUAUCACCACAUAUUGAGUACAGAGAGUCUUUGAUAGUGAAUAUAGGUGCAUGUGGUGAGUGUGUCAGGUAUUGUGUGUGGUGUGGCCAGCGGCGGGGAAGAUGUAGCUGAUAAUGCAGAACGCCAGAACCCUUGGUAGAGGUUAUCAUUGAGAGCUGGGCAGGUGCCAGGCAUGCAGGUGGUGACCGGGGCUUAUAAAUACCUGGUGCACUCGUCCCUCGGCACAGACACAUUGAAACAAGCCAGCAGUCACCUCAGGGUCUGCAGACAGGCACAACCACUGCACACCAAGCCAACUCUGCUGCCACACUCAAGCACCACCGCACUGCAAACACUCCCAUUGCAGCCUCCAUCCUGCCGUCACACACCACCACCUCACCUGCUCCCUGCACUACACCAGAGAUACUCAAGACCAUUACUACUACCACUCAGGACAUCUUCUAUACCACACAUCCCUUCUCACCUUAGACCACAUUCUUCACCCUACCACACUCACUCACUACCACACACACCCUGCAGUCAUAUCCUACCACUUCAGAUCCCCACAGCCUCACCCACAGUCCCCACUCACUCACCACUUCACAGGAUAAAGGAAGCUGUUAGGGAGAUUGCUAUGGAGAACACCGCACCAGAGGAGAGGAACCACAAAAGAGCAAGGGAACAAGACUCCACCUUAAGUCCUCCUGCCAAAAAAGUCCAUCACAAGAAAUCACCAAUUGAAGAAAGUUGUGAUGAUGUAAAAACUUCUACCCAGUCACCAAGCUGGCAUCACAUCCAGCCUGACAGCCAGCAAUACACCCAGCCACACAGCGACACUCACAGCCAGUCCCAAAGUCUUCACAGCUUCCCCAUCAACCAGAUACCUUAUCAGCACAUCAGCCAGCCCUCAAGCCAGCCACAUAUCCAGCCCACCAGCCAGCCCCACAGCCCAACCACAUGCAUCCAGCUGUACCAAGAGCCACAAGAGUGUAGGUACAAAGACAGAGAUACCAAGAAAGAAUUAACAAGUGGCAGAUCUGAAGGGGAACUAGACACUGGAAGGCUACAAGAGAAAGGAACAGCAUUGGAGACUGGAGAAGAGGACAUGGAGUUAAUCAGAGGAGGGACUAGUGGUGAGAAAUCCAGAGAAAUAAGUAGUGUAGGCUUGUUAUCAGAAGGAAAGGCAGAGUUUACCAAGGAAAGAACAGAUAAAGAAGCAUUUGAGGAGGAAGUAAAAGGUGAAGGGUGUCUGUUUGGAGGAGAAGCAAGUGAGGAGUCAAUGGGGAUGAAUGUUUUGUUGGAUGGAAAGAAAGAUGAGAAAAUAACACUAAAGGAAGAAGGAAGUAAGAGAGAAAGGGAAGAAAAGGAAACAAGGAAUAAAGAAACAAUUUAUAUGGAAGCAGAUGCAGAAUUAACAAUCAAAGAAGAAAAAGGACUGAGAGAAAUAGAGAAAACACAUAAAAACAGUGAAAUCUUGACAGCCACUUCAAACACAGCCCUGCCAGCCAACACUGCACUAGAAGGAGAAGAGGAACUGAGAGAGUUAAAGACAAAACCAGGAGAUGUAGAAAUAAACAGUGAUAUCCAGACAGUCACUUCAAAACCAGCACUACCAACUAACACUGCACUAGAAAGAAAAGAAGAGGAACUAAGAGGAAAGAAUGAAAUAAAACCAGAAGACUCACCAACACACCACAUCACCUCCUUAAGCACUCCUUCAUCACCAAGAAAACAAGAUACACACAGAGAAAGAAACAACACAGAACCAACUAAACGUAAAGCAAAUCUAGAGUCACAAAUCACAAACAAAACACCACAAACUCCCAGGAACCUCUCUAAAAGGACUCGGAGCUUGACAGAACUAGCCGCCGUCACAAAACACAGACUAGGCAGCAUGGAUAGUCUAAAUAGCACAGCAGGCUCUUCACAGCACACCAGGACCUCCAGCAUUGACUCAGCAAAGGAGCAGCACAGCAGGAAGAAGAAACGAUCAAGUCAGAGUAAAAAAUUGAAUACUUCCGGGGAAAAGUAUCUUCGGCCUAAUUAUUUUGUUGGGAUUCAGAUCUCCAACCCUGCCAUUCACCACGGACUUCUGAAGGUGCAGGAGGACUUGAUUGAGAAUGACGAGGCAUUGGUUCGCACCCUGGUGGACGUGGCCACUUCACACCUCACGCUGCUUGUGGCCUACCUUGACACAGAGGACUCCAUCGCCUGUGCCAGUGCCGCCCUGGAGGAGAGUGCCAACAGGAUGAGGGACGGGCUGAGUGCCACCCCCAUCACCCUCACCUUCUCUGGGGUCAGCAAUUUCAAUAACCAGGUGGUGUUUGUGCAGGUGGUGGAGGAUGAGCAGCAUGGGAGGCUCCUGGAUGUGGCAGAGUGUGUGCGGCAAGUGUUCUCCCAGCGUGGUGUGUGUAUGCCAGACACCAGAGACCUUCACCCUCACCUCACCAUCGCCAAGCUGUCCAAGGCUCCACGCACCAAGGGAAAGCAUUCAGUACCAAGAAAGAUUGACCCAAGUUUCUACAGUCACCAUACGUUACUUCACUUUGGGUCCCAGACAGUGGCCAGCCUGCAGCUCCUCUCUAUGAACAAGGGAAAGGACCCUCGCCGCUACUACCACUGUGACAAGGAGGUCUGCUUUGACAUCAAGGUGAAGGAAGAAAAGGACCACUCAGGAUGUUGUUUUCCGCGCCGCCCUGCCCUGCCACCAAGCUUUUACCGCAACUACUCCACCACUACCACAACCACCACCACCAGCAGCCAACCAGAGGACCCAGGGGACACACAAGAACCCAGCAACAACCCUUGGUUCGUCCCAUUCACCACAGUGACGGCCCUGAUAGCUGGGGCUCUGUUUCUUGGCUUCGCUCUUGCCAGGAUACGAGGGAACCAGUGAUGAUUAAGUGAAGUGAGUUAGUAGCUAGGGAUGUGUUCCUUGGCUUUACUCUUGCUAGGGUAUAAGGGAGCCAGUAAUUACAAAGUGGAGUGAGGUAUCCUUCAGUACUAGGACGCAUUAAUUUUUACCAUGAGUUUGUGUACAAUUGGACCAUUUUAUUGACAUUGUGAAGAGCCUAUGGAGGACAGAAGAUUAAUGGCCAAAGUUUUCACUAUUCUAAUCCUCGUAUAAGUUUCUGAAGCUGUAUUAAAUCACCAGAUAGUAAACUGAAUGAAUAUGGAAACAUGUCAUGGUACUGAAGGAUGUGACUGACUUGAGGGAGUGUUAGUAUGAGGAGGUGAAGGAAAGCAAUACAAUUUUUUUUCUUUUGUUUCUUUUCCUCUGUUUAAAUCAUUGGUGUUUGAAUGUUAAAUACUGCAGUGAGAAUAAUUGAGUUGUGUUUGAAUGUUGAAUAAUGCAAUACUGUGUUACAACUUGAGUAAUUUACUUGUUGUUUGAUUUAAAUAAUGAUGUGAAGUAUUAUUUAUUGGCCCUGUGUUUGAGUGUUGCAUAAUAUAGUGCUACAUACAUCACACCUCAUACUUCAAGGCUGCCCUCACUCACAAUCACAGUGCAGCAGGGACAGUAACCCCCAAAACUGGCAGGCUACAGGGAAGGCAUUAUAUAUGAGCUGCCAUAUCUACACACUACCUACAAUGCUCAGUGCCUUAAGUGUGGCAGCCUGUCAGCCCAAGAUGUGUAUUUUUGUAGAAUAAACCAUUGAGAUGUUC